CCCGACGUGCGCAUUCAACUUUGUCCAAGUUCCGACGCUUGAACAACGGCGGUCGGUGCUCCUAGCUCCGAGUCGAAGGAUCGGCGCUUCUCCGAAGACGCCACGUCGAUCGAGAAUCAAUUGAGAUCGAGAUCAUCCCCCCCAAAAAUCGACGUCCUCAUCGAAGUAUACUCGACGUUCGCUGGCGGAACCGGAUAUCGUUGCCGAGCCGGGCGAUUUUCUUCCCGAAAUCCCCCUUGCAUACAUCAGAAAUCGAGGUGGACUUAGCGGCGUGAAAAAUAAGAACGUACAACCGGCGACGGGAUUCGAGAUUACGCGCGAUUAAUAUGGGAAUCAGCUUCGUUCCGUUGAUCGUGGUAGCUAUGAUACCGAUGAUCACCGGUAAUUUCGGACAGCGUGCCAUGGGGAAGAGAAGCUCCACGGGCAACGACAUCGCUAACGUCGAUUAUCCCGAUUACUCAGCCAAAUACGACGAUUAUCCGGUAGUAGUGCCAAAAAGGGCGGCUCUAUUGUUUGACCAAUUGAUGGUAGCUCUGCAAAAGGUUGUCGAUAACCAGGGAAAAGAAGCAGUUGGAGGUAGAGGUAGAGGUAUAAACAGGUCUCAUCUUUUAGCUGCCAACCCGGAAAUUGUUUCUGCGACGGAGGAUGAUCAAACGGUACCGAAUUCGAUGGAUUUGCAACGACGCGGACAAGCUAAAGGCCAAGUUUACUGGCGCUGUUAUUUCAACGCUGUUACAUGCUUCAAGAGGAAGUGAUAAUGACCCCGCCACCGCCGCCAAUUCUCCUCAGAUCCCGAAGGCCAAAAGAGAGUGCGCCGUUUUCACAUAAUUUUCUUGAUUUAGUUUUUGCAGUAACACGAUGAGAUUUGUAGCAGUGCUUUCCCGGCUAGAGUGUCAAGAAAACAAGUGAAAAUCAGGAACCGUACAGUAGUACAAAUCCGCGCAGUUACUCACAUUUUGGAACGUCGGGUCAAAUGGUUCUCUUCUUUCGGUGCGCUAAAGGAUAUCCUUGUCCUUCUUCUCAGCGACUAUUGCCGUCCCAUCUCUUCUAUCGCGGAUAAUAAGCGACUUGUCGGGAAAGAAUUACCUAUAUUACUUACUUUUUUCUGACUUAUAAAGUAAAUGGACGAAGGCCUAUCCAUUAAAUAAUUCUCUUCAAGCAUAUCAACCAAAAUGAAGUAGUUCGGUAUAAACCUAAAUUACACAAACUUCUUUGA